CUUGCUGUAAUGUAACCUCACUUUUUUCUAUCUAAAUCUGGCAUGUUUCAGAUGCUAGAAAGCUUAUAUUUGUUUGUUAUAUCGUGUUUUGUUCAAUAAAAAAAGACUCCUGAGGCAGUAAAUAUGGAUGCUUAUGACAUUUUUCGAAAACUAAGUGUAGGAGCAAAAUUUUCAAGAGAACAUAACCCCAAACGAAAUCAUCUCACUCCUUCUGUAAAAGUGGAAGCUGAAGAAGAUGUAGCAGCACCAAACGUACUCCCAAAAAAAGAAGAAGACAAUAAUGGGAUAACCCUACUGAGCACAUUGAAAACUGAAACAAAAGGGAAAAAACGUAAACACUCUAAUCCCGAAAAUGACGAAAUUAAAAGAAAGCAGUUAAAACAAGAAGAAAUCAACCAUUAUCGAAACGUUCACCGCAUUAGCGUUGUUGGUAAACACGUUCCUGAACCAACAAGAAAUUUUGACGAUUUUCCUGUUGAGCAAGGUAUAAUUGAGAAUUUGAAAAAUUGUGGGUAUGUGGAGCCCACUCCUGUGCAGAAACAAGCAGUUCCAAUAAUGCUGGAGGGUCGAAAUCUGUUAGCUUGUGCGCCUACUGGGUCUGGAAAAACUGCGGCCUUUCUAGUUCCGUUAAUUAAUGAUUUGAAGGGACCGAAGAAAAAGGGAUUUCGUGCUCUAAUUUUGUGUCCUACAAGGGAAUUAGCCAAACAAACACAAAGAGAAUGUGUACGUUUAUCAGAAGGAAAAGGUUUUAGGGUGCAUAUAAUUAGCAAAAUAAAUAAAGCUGUGGCUCAAUAUGGCCCAAAUAGUUCACAAAAAUUUGAUAUCUUGAUAACUACACCAAAUAGGUUGUGUUUCCUUUUGAAUCAAGAUCCUCCUGCAAUCUCUUUGACUAACAUUAAGUGGUUAAUAAUAGAUGAAGCUGAUAAGUUAUUUGAAACAGGAAACAGAGGUUUCAGAGAACAGCUAGAUCAAAUAUUGCUUGCUUGUACAAAUAAAGAAAAGAAAAUUGCAAUGUUUAGUGCUACUUAUACCCCAGUUGUUGCCAAGUGGUGUGUUCAUAAUAUGAAAGGUUUAAUUCGAAUUACAAUUGGUCAAAGAAAUGCCGCUACUGAUUCAGUUGAGCAAGAACUUCUGUUUGUGGGAAAUGAACAAGGAAAAUUGUUAGCUUUUAGGGAUUUAGUGAGAAAAGGUUUAAGCCCUCCAGUCCUUGUUUUUGUACAAAGUAAAGACAGAGCGCAACAGUUAUUCAAUGAACUUAUUUAUGACGGGAUUAAUGUAGAUGCAAUUCACGCUGACAGAACACAGUUACAGAGGGACAAUACAGUCAGAAGUUUUCGCGAGGGGAAAAUUUGGGUAUUAAUUUGUACAGAACUGAUGGCCCGUGGGAUUGAUUUCAAAGGUGUUAAUCUAGUAAUAAAUUAUGAUUUUCCACCAUCAGCUAUUUCAUAUGUGCACAGGGUGGGCAGAGCAGGUCGUGCAGGUAGAAAAGGUAAAGCAAUUACCUUUUUUACAAUUGAAGAUACCGUCAAUUUAAGAAGUAUUGCUCACGUGUUGAAAGAUUCUGGGUGUGAGGUACCUAGUUAUAUGUUAACUAUGAAGAAGAAACCAAAGAAGGAAAGAAAAAAAUUGGAAAAAGCUGCCCCUAAACGAGAUGAAAUUAACCCUAGACCAAAAUAUGAAUUGGUUAACAAGAUAAAGAGAAGGAAAAAAGGUAUUGUAAAUGGAGAAGAGCAAAAAUGUUCCAAAAAUCAAGGCAAAAUUGAUAAUAGCAUAGUAAAAAAAGAUAAAGUAGAAAAACCUGCGUUAAAACAAACUGAUAAACAGAAGCAUCCAAAAACCAAACAGGAAAAGAAAAAAAAGAAAAAAAUUCAAAAUCAAACAAUUUUAUAGAAUUUUUCUAAAUAAAAACGGUUAAUGAU